CAUAGAUUUCGACGCCAGAGCCUAAAUAAGAGCGGCGGAAUAAUUUGUCGGUAUAAAAAGGCUUUUGGGCGAAUGGAAGCAUGACAUCUCGCGCUACCUGGCCGGUGUGCAUGGCGCACGGUGUUACUGUUCCUGCUGCAACACAGAAAACACAACAGCGCAAAAAUUCCUCACUGCUACCUGACCUGGGUGAUCAUGCAUUUAGCGCAGGUUUUGAUUUCGCUGGGGUUCGUGGUGGCUUUCGGCCCGAUGGCGCGCACUGACACCGGAGCACCGGAGCACCAGCAGCAGCAGCAGCACCACCAGCAGCAGCAGCAGCAGCCCACCGCGGUGACGGAGGAGCGCGAGGCGCAGUGCUCAGCGACCAGCGCGUGCGCGUUCCGCCAGCACAGCAAGCAGCUCCGUCUGCAGGCCAUCAAGUCCCAGAUCCUGAGCAAACUGCGCCUCAAGCACGCUCCCAACGUCAGCCGAGAUGUGGUCAAGCAGCUGCUCCCCAAAGCGCCCCCGGUGCAGCAGCUGCUCGACCUGUACGACGUGCUCGGGGACGACGGCAAGCCGGGAACCGCGCUCCCGGACGAGGAGGAGGACGACGAGGAGCACGCCACCACCGAGACCAUCAUGAGCAUGGCCGCCGAGCCCAACCCUGACGUUCAAGUAGACCAAAAACCGAAGUGCUGUUUCUUCUCCUUCAGCCCAAAGAUCCAAGCGAGCCGCAUUGUAAGGGCACAGCUCUGGGUGCACUUGCGCCCAGCAGAUGAGGCAACAACGGUGUUCUUGCAGAUAUCGCGACUCAUGCCCAUCAAAGAUGGAAGAAGGCAUGUAAGAAUACGUUCGCUGAAGAUCGAUGUGGAUGCAGGAGUCAAGUCGUGGCAGAGCAUCGAUGUGAAGCAGGUGCUCGCGGUGUGGCUGAGGCAGCCGGAAACCAACUGGGGUAUCGAGAUCAACGCAUUCGACUCCAAAAGCAAUGAUCUCGCUAUCACGUCUGCAGAGCCUGGAGAAGAGGGACUGCUCCCAUUCUUGGAGGUCAAAAUUUCUGAAGUUCCUAAGCGAGCCAGGAGAGAAUCAGGACUAGACUGCGAUGAGAAUUCCUCCGAGUCCCGCUGCUGCCGCUAUCCCCUUACAGUGGACUUUGAAGACUUCGGCUGGGAUUGGAUUAUUGCCCCGAAACGCUACAAGGCCAACUACUGCUCGGGCGAGUGUGACUAUGUGCACUUGCAGAAGUACCCGCACACACACUUGGUGAACAAGGCCAACCCACGUGGCACUGCCGGCCCCUGCUGCACGCCCACCAAGAUGUCUCCCAUCAACAUGCUCUACUUCAAUGGAAAAGAGCAGAUCAUCUACGGCAAGAUCCCCUCCAUGGUGGUGGAUCGCUGUGGCUGCUCGUGAUUGAUGUGCCCAUGCAAGGACUCGAUCCGUUCCAUUUCCAAACGUUUCCCUUUGGACUUCUUUACGACACCUUUCAAACAUUAUCCAUGCUAACACUGUGCAAUAUGCAAUAGAACCAGAAUAGCAGCAAGCAAGGAGCCAUCCACAGAGCACCGCUUACUCUCACUGACUUCUUAUUCGUUUACUCUAAAUCUGCAUCUUGGGGUCAGAGGUCACAUGGACGUACUGAAGGAAUGUAAUGCCGGUUCGACUUGGACAAAUGGAUGACAAAUAUGUUUUAUACAUUGCUCGUAGUACAAAAAAAAAACACACAUAUUAUACAAACAUGCUCAACAAUAUCCAUUUAGUUCUGUUCUCACUCCAAACAGCUGUCUAACAAUCACCAAGGUUGUUUAAGUAAAGUAUCCAAGAGCAACAGAGAGGGACUCAAGGACACUUUUGAAAAAAAAAAAAAGCUUGAAAACCUGUCUAAAGAUUUUAGGCAACCUGAAGCAAGUCUUCAUUUUACAAUAAACACAACAAACCAGUUAAUUGUAUCUCAUUUCACUACUCAACUGCUUGAACCUGCCCUAUACACUUGAACUAUUAUUAUAUAAAUAAGCAUUACUGGACAGAAGGACUUGAACCAGAGGCACUUUGAAUGCAGUCUACAUGUUGAAAUGUGUAAAAGACAGAGUUUUUUUUUGUCAGUAAGUAUGUGUGAAUGUUAAUACCACAUCACUUACUCUCUGUCUUCAAACCACAGUUUGCACUAUGGCAGACCAAUAGAAAGAAUUGGUUGCUGAAAAUAAAAAAAAAAUGUUGUAAAAACUGAUUUUGAUAUGAUAUGUUUGCUAAUUGCAUUGUAUACAUGCCAUUUUUUCCUUUAACAGUCACCUUUUUUAACCUCUGUUAUAGUUCCAUGUAUAAGACAACACAUUAGCAAAAAAAAGUGUACAAUAUCAAAUCUAUGUAGAUGUUCAUACAAAUAAAGGUGCUUGCUUUAUGUUUAGC